AUAAGAGCUCAAUUUCCCUAUAAAUAAUCAAAAUAGACCAACGAAAAAUUAAAUAUCAAAAUGAACACCGUCUUAUUGUUAGUGUCACUUUUAAUAUGCGCCAGUCCCUUAAUCUUGGGACAAAUCAUCCCGACUCGCGGCGGCAUGUCGGGGAAUGGCACAGCCAGCCUCUACUGGGACUGCUGCACCCCCCCGUGCGCUGAUAAAAAUAACGUGGGCUACCGCUUAUCUACGGUGCAAACGUGCCAGAAAGACGGAGUCACCAAAAACGAUCGAGAUGACAACAUAAGAGCCGGUUGUCAACCAGGAGUAGACGCUUUCCAGUGCAACAUCAUGCAACCGUAUGUCGUAGCAGACAAUGUGGCAUUUGGAUGGGCCUCUGCUAAGUUACCUGACGAUUUCCCCCAGUGUUGCAUGUGCCUAGUGUUGUCCUUUAAAGGCAAAUUGGCCGGGAAGAGAUUACUCAUUCAAAACGUUAACACAGAGGGUUACAACGAUGAAGCCUCGUUCAAACUGCUAGUACCCGGUGGGGGAGUGGGAGAUAGUGGCCCGGGUUGCAUGACACAAUGGAACACGACGAUGGAUGUUUGGGGCAACAGGACCACCGGAGUUGAAAACGUAGAGCAGUGCAAACUCUUACCUGAAGCCCUGCAACCGGGUUGCAGAUUCAAGUUUGAGUUUUUGGAGGGUAUUGAUAAUGCCGAUGUUGAAUACCAAGAAGUAUAUUGUCCCAUGAAUAUAGUUGAUAAAUCCAACUGCGAUUAUAUGUAUGAAUGAAUAGAGUAUGAAUAUAAUACAUUCUAAUUACAUAUCUAAUAUACAUAAAUGUAUGUAUACAUGUAUAAAUGCAUGUUUAGUAUUUGAAUAAAAAUUUUGUGCGUAUU